UAUGAAGCAAUCUUCCUGUAAGAGGGCUGAGUAUCCAAGCCAGGGGCGGCCUAUAAAUGCAGGGCCUGCACCGCGCAGUCCAACCCUCUGUGUGGCUCUUGGCUUGGACAGAGUGCAGAAAAAUGGCGGAACUGUCCCAGAUGGAGCGCGACAUAGAGACCAUCAUCAAUGUCUUCCACCAGUACUCUGUGCGACUGGGGCACCCGGACACCCUGAACCGGAAGGAAUUCAAACAGCUGGUUCAAAAAGAGCUGGCAAACUUCCUCAAGAAUGAGCAGAAGGAUGAAGGAGCCAUAAAUCAUAUCCUGGAGGACCUGGACACCAAUGAGGACAAGCAGCUCAGCUUCGAGGAGUUCAUCAUGCUGGUGAUCAGGCUGACGCUCGCCUCCCACCAGAAGAUGCACGAGAAUGCCCCGAAACUACCAGGCCACCACCAUGGAGGAGGCCUCGGGGAAGGUGGCUCCCAACAUGAAGACAGCCACGAGGGCGAUGGCCACAGCCACGAGGGCCAUGGCCACAGCCAUGGAGGCCAUGGCCACAGCCACGGAGGCCAUGGCCACAGCCACGGAGGCCCCGGCCACAGCCACUAAUCCGGAGGCCAGGCCACCCUGCCCUGCCCAACUAGGGCACAGUGCUGCGUGCCAUACACCUUAGCUGAAGGAUGAAAUAAAGUCUUCCUCCAAGCAA